AUGAAGCCGCCUCUGCGAUGGAAACAGUACCUGGCCGUCCCAACCACCAUUGCCUUCAUGUACCUCGUCUACGUCUUCAGCGGAGAGGGGCGCAUGGUCGUGACAGACCCUUGGUUGCACCCGAAGAACCUAGCCGAAACGGGGAAGGACGACCGACCGGUUGUGGUCACAGCUGCAUGUGGAGUGCAGGCCCCGAAGGAACUCCUCCUCUCCCUGCGAUCCCUCAUCCUCUUCUCUCACGUCCCCUUCCGAUACGUCGUCAUCGCCGACGACGUCGCGGCCGACAUGCUCCGUCAGGUGCAGAGAACGCUGCCUCCACACGUGCAACUCGAGAUCGUGGGGAUCCACAUGCGCAUUCCAUGGAAAUAUCGUCCCUGGAAUGACGCAUUCCACGAGCCCUGCACGUGGCAGAGGCUGUUCCUGCCCGACAUCUUACCGCAUUACCGUCUUGCUCUGUACGUCGACAUCGACAUGCUGUUCUUCGUGGGGUUGGAAGAAGUUUGGCAGGCCUUCAGGCAAUUGGAAACCGGUCAACUGAUAGGCAUCACCCUGGAACACGAGGUGCUUUCCACGAGUUCAAUUUAUCAGACGUCGGAGAACGGCCACAUCCCGCAUUACGGGAAAACAGGAAUUCAGGCAGGGAUCCUCUCCAUGGACCUCGAGAAGAUGAGAUCUCGCGGCUGGAAGGAGGAGAUUCUGGGAAUCCUGGAGGAACGAAUGGGAGACAUCGCCUUCAAGGAUCAGGACAUCCUCAACAUCUACGGCCAUCGCCAUCCGGAUGCCAUCAAGAUUCUGCCUUGCAGAUGGAAUUUCAGACAGGAACACUGCCGCCACGAGAACAACACCUGCCUCUCGGCGCACGAGGACGGCAUCGGCAUCCUCCACGGCGCCGCCGAGACCUUCCGCAACUGGAAGUUCCCGGGGAUCCGAACGGCCGCGGACGUCUUCCGGGAAUGGGACUUCCGGGCGGACCCUUCCGGCCUCGCGGACGAGAUGGAGCGAAGAAUCGCGAUGCUGGAUGACGACGCCAGCUGCGAUCCCUUGCGGCUUCGUUUCUUCUCCAAGACCCUCAGGAAGCAGUUGUCCCAGACCUUUGUUGUUCCUUGAUGUCAUAUGUCGAAGCGUCUGCUGUGAGCUUCCAUCAUUUUCAUUAUAUGUUUCAAAAAUGACAGCAUCACGAACUACAUUUAUUACUAGCUUUGAUGAAUAUUCAU